CGUGACUUUCGCAGCGUGAGAGAAGUCUUCUGUGGAUCAGCACCACUCUCAGAAGAAGUGAUAAAUGAGGUAAUGAAACGACUUGGAGUUUCAUGGAUUCAGAAUUGUUAUGGACUGACAGAAUUCACAAUUGGUGGACUAGUGUCUCCAAGGCAGGGUAAUAAACCCGGAAGUGUUGGACGGCUUUAUCCAGGAGCUUUAUGUAAGAUAAUCGAUCUACAAACCUCGGAAUCUCUUGGAACGCAUAUGACAGGAGAGUUGGGCAUGAAAGGUGAUCAAGUUAUGCUAGGAUACUGCGACAAUCCAAAAGCUACUAAAAGUGCUAUUGAUCAAGAGAAUUGGCUCCAUACUGGAGAUCUUGCUUAUUACGAUGAGGAUGGAAAAUUGUAUAUUGUUGACAGGCUGAAGGAGCUGAUUAAGUACGAAGCAGUUCAGGUGGCACCAGCCGAGAUUGAGGGCAUCUUACUGUCUCAUCCAGAAGUUAGAGACGCUGGUGUGACUGGAAAACCAGAUGAAGUUUCUGGUGAAGUCCCUAUAGCAUUCAUCGUCAGACAACCCGGCUCCACAAUUUCCGCUUCCGAGAUCUGUCAGUUUGUCAAAGUAGAAGUCCGAUACUUGCCAUCUGAUCAGUGUACACUCCCCUUAAGGCGCUUCCGCAGGCUUGAAAACUAG